CACGUUCGUCGCUGUAUCUAAACGUUUUAAAUUGACAUAACUAAUCAAAACAAAAACAUUAACAAAAUGAAAUUUUUAUUCUUGACCCUACUCGUUUGUUUUGCCAUCUUCAUGGCAGUCAGUGCUGUGCCUGUCGAUGAAUCAAUACCAGAGGGUCUUGAAGGUGCUGCUAGUGAUAGAAUCAGUCCAACUGAUGAUCAAUCAUUUUUACUGAAAUUGGCUUUGUUGAAAAAGCUUCUGUUCCUCGGUUAAAUUAUUUCAAUUGACGAAAUAUCUGAUAGUGUUUAUAGUUAUUAACAUAAGUCAUUAAAUAAUUCAGUACAGUUAAUAUAAAAUUAAUAUAUCCGUUAUUACAAACAAAGCUACAUUUCAUCAUCUAUUUUUGCUGAUAGUCAUAUAUUAAAAUAGUAUAAACUUGUUGUGUAUUUA